AUGACUUUCAGUUGCAUCGGACAAGUAUCUUGGUACUUCAGACGAACAUUAGAAAGGCACAAUGAGGAGAAAGAGGAGAAAUUGCUUAAGAGAUGUCCUCCUGACCAUGAGGAAACAAGGUUUAUGGAUAUACCCGCCACAAUUCUAGAUGUGUCCAGCACCAUCAUCACAUGGUACCUCCCAGACGCCCUGACAGCCACAACACAGAAGGAAAUUUGGGCAGCCACUGAUUUGCUGUCUCUGAGUCUGGAAAAAACAUGGUUUCAACAGGGGCACAAGAAUCUAUUGGACCCGGAGGUAUCUGCAUCAUUAAAGGGACCAUUGUCCGAGGGAAUCCUGAAUGUCAUUGCGAGGCCGGCAGCCAUCGCCUCAGGAUCAUGCAUCUGGAGCAGUACUGGGCAGGGUGAUGAACAUUUUAAGCCUCGGAGAAAAGGCAGAAAGCAAGGAACUGCCAAGAAUGUCCAAGAUCCUCCAGUACUGGGCAUCCGUAUUUAA